ACGCGACGACGCCCUUCUCUCUCUCUCCCUCUAUUUCUCCCCAUCUCCUCCCCGAUCCACCCGUCUCCUCCAAACCCUAACCCGGCUAGAUCUCCACCAGCGCCGCCGCCGCCUCCGGCGAGGCCACCUCGCAGAUCUCCCCACGAUGGCGUUCGGCCGCAUCCUCUCCGCCGCAGUGCGCCGACGCUCCGCCUCCGCCGCCGCGGCGGCGGCGGCGGCCGGGAAUGCGCGCGAGGCAUCCACCGCCGUCGCCGCGGCCCCCGGCGUCAUCGCCCCCGACGCGACCCCCGUGCGCCCCCCCGUGAUGAUGUACGACCGCAUCGCCGAGGCCGUCAACGCCAGGCUCCGGCGGCUCGAGCACCCGGACCCCCGCUUCCUCCGCUACGCCAGCCCCGUGCCCGCCCACGCCGACCACACGGCCAUCCUCGCGGCGCCGGAGACCCGCGUCACGACGCUCCCCAACGGGCUGCGCGUCGCCACGGAGUCCUCGCUCGCCGCGCGCACCGCCACCGUCGGCGUGUGGAUCGACGCCGGGAGUCGGUACGAGACGGAGGAGGCGGCCGGGGUCGCCCACUUUGUCGAGCACAUGCUGUUCAAGGGCACGGGUAAGCGCGACGCUGCACAACUCGAGCAGGAGAUCGAGAACAUCGGCGGCCACCUCAACGCAUACACGUCGCGGGAGCAGACGACCUACUAUGCCAAAAUUCUCGACAAGGACGUGCCACGCGCACUUGAAAUUCUCGCGGACAUUCUGCAGGGUUCAAAACUGGAAGAGUCCCGAAUUGAACGUGAGCGCGAUGUUAUUCUGCGAGAGAUGGAAGAGGUUGAGGGACAACAUGAGGAAGUCAUAUUCGAUCAUCUCCAUGCAACUGCAUUCCAGUACACUUCUCUUGGCAGACCGAUAUUGGGUUCUGCUGAUAACGUCAGAUCAAUCACCAAAGAGGACCUUCAGAAAUAUAUUGAAACACACUAUACAGCUCCUAGAAUGGUUAUCACUGCUGCUGGUGCUGUUAAGCAUGAUGAUAUUGUACAGAUGGCAACAAAGUUAUUCAAUGAACUACCAACUGACCCUACAACAACUGGCAUGUUGGUUGCUAAGCAACCAGCCUGCUUUACUGGUUCUGAGGUCCGUAUCAUUGAUGAUGACAUGCCCCUUGCUCAAUUUGCCGUUGCCUUUAAUGGAGCAUCAUGGGUAGAUCCUGAUUCUAUUGCCUUGAUGGUCAUGCAAUCCAUGCUUGGGUCAUGGAACAAAAGUGCUGGAGGAGGGAAACACAUGGGUUCAGAGCUUGUACAACGGGUAGCGAUCAAUGACAUUGCUGAGAGUAUAAUGGCAUUCAAUACAAAUUACAAGGACACUGGCCUCUUUGGUGUCUAUGCUGUUGCUAAGCCUGACUGCUUGGAUGAUUUGGCUUUUGCAAUCAUGCAAGAGAUUAGCAAACUGUCAUACCGGGUUACUGAGGAAGAUGUUAUCCGUGCACGUAAUCAGCUAAAAUCUUCUAUCCAACUCCACCUUGAUGGUUCCACUGCUGUUGUUGAGGAUAUUGGCCGCCAGUUACUCAUCUAUGGUCGAAGAAUUCCUAUUCCUGAGCUUUUUGCAAGAAUAGAUGCAGUUGACGCAAGCACUGUCAAGCGAGUUGCCAAUCGUUUCAUUUUUGACCAGGAUAUUGCUAUUGCUGCAAUGGGACCCAUUCAGGGUCUUCCGGACUACAACUGGUUCAGGCGCCGGACCUACAUGCUCCGUUACUAGACUUUUCAACCGAUGUAUCAUGUUUACAUUCUACAAAGGCAAGAUAAUUGCCUCUUUUGGCAUCAGUAUAUUAUGGCCUCGUCAACGCACAUAUUUGUGUGCGACGUGGAGGAAAUUUUUUUGAGUACCCCUUCCCUUUUCUUUGUUCAAAACCAGCAAAGUUGUCAAUAAUGAUAGGCAAAUUCAACUGAUUUGGCUUACUUGGGUAUCCACCUGGUGUUUCUAAGAUGAAUCGUAACCCCAACUUUUCUAUCUUUUGUUGGAAGAUUGCUUUCCUUCUCUUCGAAUAAUUUGAUGGAGCGGCUUGUGUAAAGAUGAUA